AAAAACCAAAACCUAUCAACAUGUUCAAAUUCGCUGCUAUCUUCUUCGCUGUUGUGGCUGUGGCUGCCGCCAAGCCCGGUAUUGUGGCUCCUCUGGCCUACACCGCUCCAGCUGUGGUGGGCAGUGCCGCCUAUGUGGCUCCCUAUGCCUCCAGCUAUACUGCCCACACCGUGGCCCACAGUGCUGCCUUCCCCGCUGCCUAUACCGCUCCCAUUGCCGCCGCUGCUUACACUGCUCCCAUUGCUGCUCCUCUGGCCGCCGCUUAUACCGCUCCCGUGACCCGCUUUGCCACACCCUACGCUGCUCCCUUUGCUGCUCCUUAUGCCGCCGCCUACACCUCUCCCCUGGCCUACAGCUCGCCUUACCUGGCCCGCCCGUACGUCGCCGCCGCUGCUGCCCCUCUGCUGCUGAAGAAGUAAAUCAACGAAUUUUGAACCCUAAGGAAAUAUUGCCCCAUGAGCUUGGCUCAUGGCUUGGCUUUUAUUUCUUUGUAAA